CGGCGCGGUGCGGUCCACGCCUUCCUCGCGCCGCCGCCGCUGCUGCUGCUGCUGCUGCUCUGGCCGCUGGGGACACCCGGCAUCAUGUGCCCAAGCCCCGUGUCUGUGGAACACGCAGACAUCAACAUCAAGAGUUACCAUGUGAGCUCCAGGGAGAGGUAUGUUUGCAACUCUGGUUUCAAGCGGAAAGCCGGCACGUCGAGCCUGAUCGAGUGCGUGUUUAAUGAGACCACCAACACAGCCCAGUGGACAAUGCCCAGCCUGAGAUGCAUCCGAGACCCCUCCCUGACUCACCAAAGGCUAGUACCACCAUCCACAGUAGUGACUACAAAGGUGACCCCACAUCCAGAGAGCCCUUCCCAUCCUGGACAAGAACCAACCACAUCAUGGCCCAAGUCAGGCACUUCCGUAGCCAUGGAUACAGCCAUGGUACCUGGCUCCCCACUCACCCCAUCCCAGACGCCUUCCCCAGGAACCACAGGGCUAGGCAGCUACGAGUCUUCCCCGGCCCCAUCUCAGACCACAGCCAAGGCCUCAGAGCUCCUGCCCUCCACCCCCCAUGGGACACCAGGUGUCCAUCCACACAGCCGCACAUCGGCCACUGUUGCCAUCUCCACAUCCGUCACCCUGACUUGUGGAGUGUGUGUGCUGCUUGUCAUGGUGUGGUGCAUCAGAUCAAGGCGAACAUCCCAGCCACCUGCUACUGAAAUGGAACCCAUGGAAAUGAUGCCAAUGGCUGCAGACACUGGCCACAGUGGGGGCAUGGGAGCCUACCCGCAGGACUUCUGAGAUGGGAAGCCAGCCCAGCUACAUCUGGAGAGAAGGCACCCAGCUCUGCUUUCAAUUAAGAGCACCUGAAAGAUACCCACGGGGCUAAGAGCCAGGGAAACACCCACCAGUGCAAUCAGGUCCCUGGUGUCAUCUUACCUCCUGCAGGAGCUCACAGAUGACACUGCCAGCUCGUCAGGUCUUGGUUUCCCAAAGUUUGAGCGGCUGAAGUUCUUCUAGGAGAGGCUGCGGGCUUCCAGGAAGGCCUGGGACUUCACUCUGACAGUGACCCAGGAUCGCUUAUCCAUAUCUCUGCACUUUACAGAUAAUGGGAAUGUACUUGAGGCCCCCGGUGAAUUUCAGGGCUCUUCCUGGCAUGGGAAAUGUCAACCAGGCAGACACCCAGUAGCUCUUGAGAUCCUAGAAACUCUGUCGACAGGGAUCUGGCAGGUAUCAAAAAGGAGCUGAGAAAGGCAGAAGAGUAAUGGGCCAGCGAAUCCUCCUGAGUGAAGGAUUCAGAAGCAAACUGAACUCGGUGAUGUUUUGUAUGUAUAUAUAUUUAUUUUUAUACUUCCUUGUUUGUCAUAGCUACCUACAGCAUAUGGUUUGUACAAGUGCCUUGUGUAAAUAAAAUAUUUUCAA